AUGCGGUACAGUGCCGACGUACGGACCUCGGGAUACGGUACAUUGCCGAUGACAGGAAUGGGAUUCAGGAAAGAUAUAAACAUCGCCAAUCGAAACAUCCUCCCGUAUCUAAGACAACAAUUAAAUGCAGCAAAGAUGGAAAAGAAAAUAAUGGCCAAAAGACUGGUUCCUGUUAUAUCGCUUAAAGACUUUGAGCAACGCAAAGAUGAAAUCACAGCACAGCUGAUAAAGGCAGCCGAGUAUGCUGGUUUCUUUACCUUGGUUGAUCAUGACAUUUCGAAGGAAGAAAUUGAGGCCCAAUUCUCUAUUUCCAAGGCUUUCUUUGAUCUCCCGGCUGAGAUAAAGGGCAUAACUCCCCAUGAUACUAAGAACAACAAUGGAUGGGAAUAUAAAGCUCAGCUGCGUCCCAGUACCGGCAUGUACGACCAGAAAGAGUCACUUUGGCUCCAACGCAAGUCCGAAUGGCCAAGCGAUGACCACGUGCCUGGGUUUCGAGAUACGACGCUUGAGUUCAUGCAGAAAUGUGCAGAAAUCUCCGAUCAGCUCUUAACAUGCUUCGCGCGUGCACUUGGAUUUGAAGAAGACUACUUUAAGAUUGCGAACGAUCCUUUUCAGCCGGACUGCCUAACUCAACUCCGUCUAAUUCACUAUCCACGGUCCGACAAAGCUAUCGGAACAUGGAGGGCAGGAAGUCAUACUGACAUCGGAUGUCUCACUCUUCUGUUCCAGCGCGAUGGAGAGGAUGGACUAGAAAUCUGCCCCGGUCGGGAAAGUCAUUCAAGUUUCGCAAGCGGAGACAUCUUCACACCUCUUCCGGCUCAAACAGGCCCCAUUGUCGUCAAUAUUGGAGACAUGCUCAUGGCUUGGUCGGAUGACCGCUUGAAAUCCAACUUUCACCGAGUGCGGGCUAAGGACGAUGGCAUAUCGCCGUCUCGAUACUCGAUCGCUUAUUUCAAUCAAGCAAGGCGCGACUUCAUACUGCAGGGGCCGCAGAAAAAAUAUCCCCCAAUAAGUGUUGGAGAGUACUUUGCCCAGUCGGUCGCUAAGAACUUUAGUGAGUCGAUGAAAGCGGCUGUAUAA